UUGGGAUCUAGCACAUGAACUUGGUUCUCGCCGACACAGAAGAAUUCCGCCGCACGCGACGAAAGGGCAAGGCCGCACCAGGCGCCACGCAACAAGUCACCGAAACCGAAGAGCGACGCGCUAUCGGACUCACCAUCAUUCGCGGCGCGCAAGUCAUCUCCGUCUCCGUCGACGGCCCGCCUCCCGCCGACCCUGCGACGCGUCUGGGAGCAGCAACUGGCGGCCAGAGCACUGCUGCAGCUCUCGCUUCGGGCCCGGGCAUUGCUCGUCCUGCUGGACGCGGUCUGCCUGUUGGCCUGACUGGACCUGCUCCGGGAGUCGGAGGACCUGGCCCUGGAUUCGGACCCCCGGGAGGCUUCCCAGGCGGGCCGGGCGGUUUUGGCCCGCCUGGAUUUGGACGAGGAGGACCUCCACCACCUGGGUUCCCGCCUGGCGGACCACCCGCUGGCUUCGGAGGCCCACCUCCGUUCGGUGGUGCGCCACCGGGCUUCCCUCCUGGCGGACGAGGUGGCCCACCUGGGUUCGGCGGUCGAUAAGUUGGAGAAAGGGAGAUUGCGAAUGUCUGAUAGAAAAAGGGUCGAAGCCGGGGCUAGGUUUUGAAUGUGAAAUGGCCAAUUGAGGACCGACCAACGGCCAGCAAAGCACAGGGACUACCAGUGCACUGCUGUCUUACAUCUUUACGAAAAGUCAAUUGUCGGAUAGUCUAGUGUUCUACUGGCGACGCAAUGGCGCAAAUUGAGGGGGAGCUUCGAACAGUUUGGAGAAGAACCGUACUGAUACUGAUGCGAAGGCGGCUCAAUGGAGAAUGAUACCAUGCAAUAACUCUACAA